AUGAUGUCCUGGUGGUCUUCAGGAGCCAACACGGCUCUGGAUGAACAAAUAGAGAGAGCUACGAGCAGCAGCCUGGAGGAUAUUGCUCUGAACCUGGAGAUCUCCGACACUAUCCGGUCGAAGACGGUCCAGCCGAAGGAGGCCAUGCGCUCUUUGAAGAAGCGAAUCGGAAACAAGAAUCCGAAUACUCAGUUGAGCGCUCUGAACCUUACCGAUACCUGCGUGAAGAACGGCGGAGCCCAUUUUCUUACCGAGAUCGCAUCGCGUGAAUUUAUGGACAACCUGACGUCACUGCUCAAGGCGUCUUGGGCCUCCGCAACCGAGAAGCGGUACGACCUGAAUUACAUCGGCGAGGUGUACAAGACGCUGCAGAGGGAGGGCUUUCAGUUUCCCCCGCGCACUACGGUUUCCAGCAGCAUGAUAGACAGCAGUGCGCCUCCCGAGUGGAUUGAUUCGGACGUGUGCAUGCGAUGCAGGACUGCCUUUACCUUUACGAACCGGAAACACCACUGUCGAAACUGUGGUAACUGCUUCGACCAGCAAUGCUCGAGCAAGGUGCUACCUCUGCCCCAUCUCGGCAUUCUGCAGCCGGUCCGCGUGGACGACGGCUGCUACACGAAGCUGACCGACAAGUCGUCGCGCGGAGGCCCCGAAGCUCCUGGAGGCGGCGCCGGCUUUGCCUUUUCCCCGACAAUGAAGCCAAAGACAUCGGCAAUGCAGCCACGAGAUGCGCGGGUUGAGGACAGCUUCGACGAGGAUCUGAAACGGGCGCUAGCUAUGAGCUUGGAAGAGGUCCAGAGCCACUCACGGGGCUACGUCAAGUCAGCUACGACGGACGCGUCUUCUGCGCCCGCCAAGAUCAGUGGACAGCCAGAGGCGUCCUCGGAACCAGUGCCAUCGUGGAAGGCAGCUGCAGAUAAAAGCCCAGCAGAGGAGGAGGACGACGACCUCCAAGCCGCGAUCGCAGCGUCUUUGGCAGACAUGGAGGAGCAGAAGAAGCAGCAUACAGCGGCUCUGAAGGAGCAGACACAUGGUGCCAGCAGCGCGCCUCUAACAGCUCCCUUUACGCUGCCGAAGAAUGACUACGAGCUGACGCCGGUGGAGGCCGAGAACAUAAAUCUUUUCUCCACCCUGGUUGAUCGUCUGCAGACACAGCCUCCAGGCACGAUCCUGCGGGAGCCCCAGAUACAGGAGCUCUACGACAGUAUUGGCGCGCUUCGACCGAAGCUGGCGAGGACAUAUGGCGAGACUAUGAGCAAGCAUGACACUCUGCUUGACCUGCACGCGAAGCUAUCCACUGUUGUCCGGUACUACGACAGAAUGUUAGAAGAGCGCUUGUCAAAGGCGUACAACCAGCACAGUCUCGGCGGCUAUAACAUGCCAGGGCCUCGCCAGCCGUCCAUGGGGUAUCCGUUGCUAGGCGCCACAGCACCAGGCAGCGCAGGCCCAGCAGAAAGCUUCUACACGGGCGAGGCUCCUCCGAUCGGCUAUGGACAGGCACCUCAACCUCUGUACGCAUCAUACGACAAGCGAGGAUCAUAUGCUGCUCCCCCAGCAGCCAAUUCGUAUGCGCCGCAGCUGGACCAGAUGCCACCUAGAUCGGACAGUUGGAGAGGCUCGGUUGCGUAUGCUCCAGGCCAGGGCCCAUUGCCAUACGCAGCACAGCUGCAACAGAUGCCGCUGCAGCCACAGCCAACUGGAUAUGCCGGUGGCGAGCCGACAGCUUCUCAGCCGAAUGCCCCGCAGCCGAGUGCGCCCCAAGAUGACAGCGUCUCUACGCCGUCAGCAGAUCCAAAUGCGGCGUUCUACUUCAACAACGGGCCAUCGGCGCCGAGCCAAGUCCCAUCCCAACCCCAGCAGACCCAGUCCCAGGCACAGUCCGAACCCCAGCCGCCGCCAGCUCCAGCUGCAUCAGAGCCUGGCAACCCGUCUUACCCGACGAUGAGGCAGCCGUCAGUUUACCAGCCGUCUCAGCCACAGGCAUCUACGGCAGCGCCAACUUCACCGUCGACACAGCAUCAGAUGCCGUCAGCGCCAUACUGGUCGCACCCGGCGGCACAGCACCAGCAGGUCCCUGCGCAGUUUACGGCUGGACUGCCGCAGCCUCAACACCAGUACCAGGCGCCUCCGCAGGCCUGGCCGCAGGUUCCGAACAACUACAACGCAUUCCAGCAGGAAAGCUUCCCGUCGGCGCCCCAACACGCAAUACAGCAACCGGUGGUGGAGGAGAGCCUGAUCGACCUGUAG